AUGACCUGCCCCCGAGUCCACCGCCAGUUUCGGCAGCCGGGGUCGGGCGCGCUGCCGCCGCUCCUGUGGACGUUUCCGGGCUCGGGAAACACCUGGCUGCGGCUGCUGCUCGACUUUGCCACGGGCACCUACACGGGCUCCGUCUACUCGGACGUCUCGCUGCUUCCGCUGCUGCCGGGGGAGGGCACUUGCGACUCGCGCGCGCUCGCGGUCAAGGCGCACCCGACCAACGUCGACUUUCACGACUUUGUGCGCACGCCAGGCGAGCCGGGCUUCCGGCUCAACGUGACGCGGAAGCCCGCCUACCUCAAGUGCGCCCCGCUCCGCUUUGACGCGCUCGUGAUGCUCACGCGUGACCCGUACGCCUCCAUCUGGGCCGAGUACAAGCGGGCGCUCGCCUACGCGGAGGGCGUCGGCCGGGCGCCUGUCGUGGCCACGUCCUCGUGCCGCGCCGCGCUCCGCUCGCAGCACCUGCACUCGGGCGGUCUACCAGCUGCGUGCUUCAACGCGACCCACUUUUCGACCUUCGCGCUGCACCAGGCGCGCGCAUGGCGGCACAUGUGGUACCACUACCGCAAGGCGGCCGCGCUCGGCCUGCGGGUGCACAGGCUGGCGUACGAAAACCUGCUCGAGCCGCGCGGCCGGCUCGGCGCGCUCGCGCGGCUGGUCGAGUUUGCGGACGACCCGCGCGUGCACCGCGGGCGGCAUCAGCGCGACGGGAGCCCGCAGCUGGCCUCGGCGGCGUCCGCGUAUGCGAGCAGCGGGCUGGUGUGCGACAUGUGGCACCUCUUCGGCGCCAAGGCCAAGGCCGCCGGCUACCGGCCUUUUGGGAAGGAGCGGUGUGGCGUGGCGCACGGCAAGCGAAGCAAGCGCAACAAUGCUGGUUGA